ACUUUUUGGUUGCAGCUAAACUCCGUGUGUCUGUUCACAAGCUUCAUUCUUCUGCCAAAUAAAGAAUAAAUCUUUUUCAUUUAUAACAACUAAUUUCUCUAUAACAAAUAAAAACAACACCACAAUUAUAAACAAAACAAAAAAUUUAUACAAUCCUCUCCAUUUUUUUCAUAUAAUAAUAAAGAUUUGGUCGUCAUUUUUCAAUUUAGUUUGAUUUGUCUUCCAAAUCUAACACUUCACACUCACUCAUCACUAUAAACUUUCUUUUCAUUCCCAUUAACCAAGAAAUUAAUCGAGAUUUUAAAUCCCAAUCUCCCAAAUCUUAGUUAAUUCAUUUAAUUUUGUCUUUUUGUUUUGUGGGUGUUUAAAGAUCCGUUGACCAUCCAACAAAGCUUCAAUCUUUUUAGCUUUUUACCAGGGUUGAAUGAAUAAAGUAUUGUUAUGAUAUGAAUGAAGAUGGUGUUAUUCAAAUCCAAGAUAAAAUGGAUAGUUUUAUUAGUGUUAAUACUAUCAACUGGAUCUUUAGUUAUUCAUCUCUCUAUUACCAAGUUUUCAAGUUCUUCUUUGCUAUCUUAUAAUCCUCAAACGGGUGGUUUAACUCCUUUAUCAAUUCCCCAGAAUCCAAAAAAAUAUGUAAAUUCAAGAUUAUGGGGUGCUGUUAAGCCUUUAAAGCCAUUGCAGCCUUAUGUCAACCCAAGAAGUAGCUUUCCUGCUCCAAAAGAAAAGAACAAUGGUUACAUUUAUGCGAAGAUUUUUGGUGGAUUUGACAAGAUAAGAUCUUCGAUCUGUGAUCUUGUCAUCAUAUCCAGGCUUCUAAAUGCUACCCUUGUCAUUCCUGAGAUUCAAGAAACUCUUCGGUCAAAAGGCGUUAGUUCCAAGUUCAAGAGCUUUUCUUAUCUCUAUGACGAGGAGCAGUUCAUUGCAUCACUUAAAAAUGAUAUAAUAAUUGUGAGGAGCCUUCCCGAGAAUUUGAAAGCAGCAAGAAAAAGGAAUGAGUUCCCUACAUUUAAGCCCAAAAGUUCUGCUUCUCCAAACUUUUAUAUUAAGGAUAUUUUGCCCAAGUUAAAGAAAUCCAAGGUUAUUGGACUAGUGCUUGCUGAUGGAGGAUGCUUGCAGUCCAUUCUUCCACCUAGCAUGUCUGAGUUUCAGAGGCUUAGAUGCCGAGUUGCUUUUCUUGCUCUUCAAUUUCGUUCAGAGAUUCGGGUGCUUGGUCGCCAAAUAAUAGAUAGGUUAAGAGCAAGAGGUCAACCUUUUCUUGCCUUUCAUCCUGGUCUAGUGCGGGACAAAUUGGCAUAUCAUGGCUGCGCAGAACUUUUCCAGGAUGUUCACACUGAACUGAUACAAUAUCGAAGGGCACAGAUGAUCAAGCAAGGGAUUCUUUCUGAAGAGCUUAGUGUAGAUUCAUAUAUACGUAAAGAAAAUGGAGCAUGCCCUCUUAUGCCAGAAGAGGUUGGACUUCUCCUCCGAGCUAUGGGCUAUCCUUAUAAUAUCACUAUAUAUAUAGCAGGUUCUGAAACUUUUGGUGGUCAACGUGUUUUAAUUCCUCUUCAUGCCAUGUUUGCGAACGUAUUAGAUCGCACUUCAAUAUGCACUGAGCAAGAGUUGUCUGAUUUGUUUGGUCCUGAAACACCUGCUCCUCCUGAUUCUUUUCAACUCCCUUCUCCCAAAAGUGAGGAACAACUCAAAAAAGAGUGGCAGAGGGCAGGUCCGCGUCCUCGACCUCUUCCUCCACCUCCAGACAGACCCAUCUAUCGUCAUGAGAAAGAAGGUUGGUAUGGUUGGAUUGCCGAGACUGAUACCGAACCAGAUCCUUCACUGAUGGAUUUGAGGCGGCAAGCGCACAGAUUACUCUGGGAUGCUCUUGAUUACAUGGUGUCUGUGGAAGCAGAUGCAUUCUUUCCAGGUUUUAACAAUGAUGGAAGUGGAUGGCCUGAUUUCUCAAACUUGGUCAUGGGACAACGGCUUUAUGAAAGUGCUGCUUCCAGAACAUAUCGACCAGACAGGAAAUUAGUUGCAAAAUUCUUCAACAUCACGCGUGACAAUAUGUAUCAUCCUAGGCAUAAUUGGACAGUUUCAGUGAGGCAGCACCUAAACAAGAGCUUGGGUGAAGAUGGCCUAAUCAGACAGUCACUUUUGUCGAAACCUACCUCAUUUAUUUCACAUCCCCUACCUGAAUGCUCUUGUAGAAUUUCAUCACCUAAGGUUCAAACUCCUGUAAAAGGCAACGAUGGCCGAUAUUUAUACGGAGGUGAAGACGAAUGCCCAGACUGGAUACAACAAGGACAGCAAGUUGUUCUCCUCGACUCAAUGGGAGUAGAUGGGAGCAAAAACGAUGAUAAUGAGUCUGAAUACGAGAAUGAUGUGGUUCCACAAGAAUCUGAUGACAGCGAUGGUAAGAGUAGUUUUAAUCUUUCUAUGGAUCAAGAUGAUGAAUGGGACCCUAAUGACUAGAAGUGGAUGUGCAAAUGAUAUCGCUUGGUUUUAUCGUGAAGUCGGUAUUUACUCUUUGGCAUACAUCUUCAUGGGAAAUUUUUGGGAGUAGAGGUGUCAUUCCAAGAGAAAUUGUUUAUCCUACAGCUCCAAUUUAAUCUUUCAAGGUAAUAAAUACACAUAUUUUAUUCUUUCUAGGUAGAUUGAUGAGUACUUCAGUUAUAGAAAGAAAAAAAGAUAACUUUUGUUAUAUACCUUCAUACGAUAGAUUUUUCGGAAUGUCUAGAAGCUUUAGAAUAUUGUAUUAGACAGCUUGCAGUCGAUACUGCUUGAUCUUUCAAGUAGUGAUUUUUGUAAACAACAUUUCGUUCCGAGUGUAAAGUUGCUUCGAAAGGGAAUCAAUCAAAGAAUUUACUUAUUUGUUUUC